ACUCUGCCCACUCUGCUGGGGUGGUUUCAGGGCUUAAGGCUCAUGGACAAGGGACUUUUGCCCACAGAUAACACAGCUGCACACUGUACCCCUGCCCCGUGUGCCCUCCUGCACUGUGCUGGGUGCAGUUUGCUGGGGCAAUGUGUAACUUGCUGAUUCUGGCUUAAACAGAUAGAAAAAUAACCCAAAUGAAACUGCUCCUCCUUCAGUUCCCAACCUGUCAGUAAGCCCCCGGUGCUUUAGGUUGGGCUGGAGUCCCUUUGUCUUGUUGUUGUUAUUACAGUGCAAUGGUCGGUUCAGUGGGCAGCAAACUUCUGGGAGGUUGGGUAAAGGCAAUACAGGUUCCACCUGGUAACUUAGACAUAACCAACCCAUUGGCCACUGAUGCUCUUGUGUUGGCAGGGCAGCUUGGCGCUGAGCCUGCUGUCCCAGCUGUGGCUGGCAAUGCACCUCUCACGUUCCCAUUACGCAGCCUUGCCUUGGGGUUGCCCUCCCCAAGCUGUAACUCAGCCCAGCAAUGACAGCAUGAGCGCUUACGGGACAACAAAACAGGUUUGUGCCUCCAAGGGAGAAAUAAGAAUGCAAAUAUCUUUGGCAUGAAAUAAAACCCACACAAAGGCGUUUGCUCUUCGGUGUUUCUUGUAGUACGUUGCAUCUGUCCCUUGGCUUUGCCUUCUCGUUCCUUUCCCUGCUGCUUCCCAAGGAUUUGGGGAGUGAUUUGGGGUCUUGAAAUGAUGGGACUCUGCGGAAUGCCAUGAAAAGCAGAACCUGACCAUGGGCACAAUGCAGGAGGUGGCUGCUGAGAAGCAGCAUUUCACCCUGCCCCGUUCUGCCCAUGUGGGGCAGAGACACGGAGCUCAGUUAUUUGGCUUGGGUCAGUCCAGCACCUCUCUGUGUGUGUAAUGCUUUCCCUCAAAGACCAAACAGUGAGAUGAGUGGGAAACAUUCUCCGGUCUCAGGAUCUGGCAGAAAUCCUAGCAAGUCUACAGAAGUAUGUUUUUGUCAGCGCUGCUUAUUCUGUGAGGGGAGCUUGUAUAAACUAUUCCAGCCGGAAACCUUUUCCUGGAAUGGAGUUCUGACAGCUCAGAACACUGUCAGGACAAGCGUUACCAGGAAUGGGCUCAGCUCUCACUGCAGAGGCUGAAUGGGGCGGUGAGAACUGCUCACACACAAAGCACUGCCUGCCUUUUGCUGCGCUCAAAUGAGAAGAUAGAGCACCUGUGUGUGGUAAUGUGGAAACAAAACAAGCUUUCCCCUUAGCAGGAUGUGUCACCAUCCAUCCCAGAAGCUGGAUGACCCCUUGCAAGCAGCAGAGCUGCGGUUUGGGUUUCUCCUGUCCCUCUGCAUCCCCAUGUGUGUGGGACCACAGGUGUCACCGAGCUUCACGAGCCUGAAAAUGUGAAGGAAUGUGAAAAAUGUGAAAGUCAUCGUGCUGGCCCCGAGACUGCAAACUUCUGGUUAAUGUGUAAUAAAUACAUGGCGGAUCCUCCUGGCUGGAGCUCUAUUGCUGGCAGCUGGGAGCUGACGGUGCCAUCCUUGGGCACAGCCCCAGAGGUGCCUUUUCCUAUUCUGCCUUUCCCAGCGGUGUCCUGCAGAAUCUGUGGGGCUUUUCUGAACUGGUUUGUCUGGUUCCACCUUUAUCCCCCUCUGUUGUUUUUGAAUCAUGUUAUCUAGCAUGCAAAAGCACACUUUCACUUUGUUCCACAGCACCCAUCUGACAGCCAGCUGAGCAGCGCUGGCACUGCAGCACCCUGAACCUCAGUGCAGGUUGGGGAAUGGAAGAGGUUGGAUUCCUGCAGGAGUUCCUGCAGCGGCGACCACCUGGAUGAAGGCAGAGGAUUCCUGAUAGUUACCAUUAAAGCUGCGGUGAUUCUUCCCCACGUGGGACACUUCAGAUAGCUGGGAACAAGGCCUGCUGCCAAACUUGUGCUUGAAACCCUACACAGGAAAAGCCAUUUGUCAGACGUCACCCCAACAGGGGCUGCUGAAUUCGAGUGCGCUUCUGGAGGAAAAAAUAACAGUUUGGUUUUGUGUUUCAUUAGAUAUUUACCAGGAAGGAAAGAAAGUUAAAAGCAGAGUGACAGUGACUUCAAAGAGGGUGUCUGAAUUGUAAGAAUAACACUUUUGCUGGUGCUGGUUUGAGGAGAAGCAGCUGUGCCUGCGUGUUAAGGAUGGAGCAGGUGUUUCAGCCAGGUCAGUAGCUGAGGCCUUGGAGCAGUGCCUGGCACAAAGCCUGGCCCUGGAGGAGCAUUUUGGAGUGAAAUCACCCUGUUAGCACCAUGAUAACUCCAGCCCCACGCUCUGUGCUGCUGCUCACCAUGCUGGUGGGGCUCUGCGCUCCCCCAGCAGCACAGGGGAAGCCAAACUUCAUUGUCAUCCUGGCAGACGAUUUGGGCUGGGGAGACCUGGGGGCCAACUGGGCCGAGACGAAGGAGACCCCACAUUUGGAUGAGUUGGCUGCCCAAGGGACAAGGUUCGUGGAUUUCCACUCAGCUGCCUCCACCUGCUCACCAUCCCGUGCCUCUCUGCUCACGGGGCGCCUCGGUGUGCGCAAUGGGGUGACCCACAACUUCGCCAUCAGCUCUUUGGGCGGCCUCCCCCUCAAUGAGACCACGCUGGCUGAGGUGCUGCAGGCAGCAGGGUACAGCACAGCAGCUAUAGGCAAAUGGCACCUGGGGCACCAUGGCCACCACCACCCCAUCUUCCGUGGGUUUGACUAUUACUUUGGGAUCCCCUACAGCCAUGACAUGGGCUGCACAGACACCCCUGGCUACAACGUGCCACCCUGCCCACCCUGCCCACAGCACGGCACAGCCACCAGCCCCACCAACAAGGACUGCUAUACGGAUGUGGCCCUUCCUCUCUUUGAGAACCUCACGAUCAUCCAGCAGCCCGUCAACCUCAGCAGCCUGGUAGAGCAGUAUGUGGAGGCAGCAACACGCUUCAUCCAGCAGGCAAGGAGCAGCAGCCGUCCCUUCUUCCUCUAUCUGGCACUGGCCCACAUGCACGUGCCACUGCACAUCACCCCACCAUCAGACAGGGGCAUCUAUGGGGCUGCCCUGCGUGAGAUGGAUGCCCUGGUGGGACGUAUCAAGCUCCUGGCUGACAACUAUGGGAAGGGCAGCACGCUGCUGUGGUUCACAGGUGACAACGGCCCUUGGAUGCAGAAGUGUGAGCUGGCGGGACGCCUGGGGCCACUGCUGGGGACCUGGCAGAGGGCACGAGGAGGCAGCCCUGCCAAGCAGACCACCUGGGAAGGAGGGCACCGGGUGCCGGCACUGGUGUAUUGGCCUGGCCACAUCCCUGCCAAGCGGAGCAGCCACGCCAUACUAAGCACCCUGGAUGUUUUCCCCACGCUGGUGGCCCUGGCUGGAGCCAAACUUCCCCCAAACAGGCGCUUUGAUGGAAUGGAUGUGUCCCCAGUUCUCUUCGGGCUGUCAGACGUGGGACACAAGAUGCUGCUUCACCCCAACAGCGGGGCAGCGGGGAAGGACGGGGCGGUGGAGGCGCUGCGGCUGGCUCAGUACAAGGCGUUCUACACCACAGGAGGAGCGAAGGCUUGUGAUGGAAGCACUGGGCCAGAAGAGCAUCACCGACCACCGCUCAUUUUCAACUUGGAUAGCGAUAUCGAGGAGCAGGAGCCUUUGGACGUGGCAUCCAGGGAGUAUCAAGCAGUGCUGCCUGCAAUCAGCAGGGCUUAUGCCCAGGCCCUGGAGGAUAUUGCAACAGACAACAUCACGGUUGCAGACUACUCCAAGGACCCAGCAGCAGUGCCCUGCUGCAGCACAAAGCAUGUGGCCUGCCGAUGCCACGCACCCACAUCUCACACAGCCCCGCUGGACCAGCACACGGACAGAAGAGCAACACGGCUUUGUCUGUAAGCAAAUCAUUGCUCAAGCUGUUCCUUUUCCAGUCCUGGUUUCUGUGAAUGGGACUGCUGUUCGUGCUGGCUGCAGGCUUGAGGUUGGCCAGGGGGUAGGGAUGGAGGCUGCAGCUCCCCAUGCUGUGUGCCUUGCAGUGCCUGUGAGGUAGUGCUAUGUCUGAGGGAGCAGCUCUAUGCUCAGGGAGAGGGCCCCGAGGUAUCCAGGCAGCCCAGGGCUGCAGGCAGACACAGCUACCAAACCCAAUGCGAUGCUUCAGGGCUGGGCGAGGCUCUUGUGGGACAUUUGUGGGCACAUGCAAAAGCCUGGGGAGCUGCAGAGGCAAAAUUGAAGUUGCAGCUGAAACUCAGAAACCACCAGGAUUUCCCAGCAGCUGAGUGAGGGUUUUCUGAAACACAUUUGGACUCCAAAUUACGCAGCCAGGUCUUUCUUUGGACAAGCCGUAAGUGGCUUGUCUCAAGCAAAGCAAGGUGUUACAUGAGCCACAGCAAACUGGGAGUUGUAAUUACGGGCAGCGCUGCUGAAAUUAGAGGGGCUGCCCAACCGUUUGCAAUUAGCACUGGCCCACAGCCUCCCACAGCAGCACAGUGUGGCUUUGGCUGGGCUGGGUCCGGAUGGUGCCGGAGCCACCAACCUCUCAGCAGCGCCCCAAACCCACUCGCUAAAGCUUAAUCAAGACUGACAUCUUUAGGGCCCCGCAAAGAACAGCAGGAGGACGGGCAGCAAACUGCAAGGGACGGACUGUGACUUUAUUCUGUCUUUAACCGUAGCAAAUCACAUCUUCUCUCGUGUCACUGCAAAAAUACUUUGCUUGGGUAAAAUAGUGUGUACUGUACAAAGACAUAAGUUUAAUAUAUCUUCCUAUAAGUACAUUUAUACACAUAAAACAGCAUAAAUUAGAAACGGGUAAAACAGGUAUAUAAAAUUCUGGUUACAUACAGAUCUGAUUAAAUUAGCAUUUACAAUGUG